ACGGCGAGCUUUACCAUUCGCCGUUCCAGGAUACAAACAGAAGGUUAGCCGAGCCGUCAGCGAGUCAUCUUUCAACGAGGAAAGGGAUUAUCUGUACUAUAGCUGUGGAUCUAUACUGUUGUGUUAUGAGAAGAGAACUCUUGCCGUGUUAAGACUGUGAUUAAACACCAUGGCGUCAGCUCCUCAUCUCAGGCGGUCCGAUUCGGCUCAGGGGGAGUUCUCCCCUCUGAAGCGCUUCGUCGUGGCCAAGAAGAAGAUAAGCGAUGUGUUUGAACAGCUGCUGAACUACGUGAAAGAGACCUCGGAGUUUGUGGAAGAAACCUGUGGGAAUAAAGCAUUGGAGAAUAUUGCGAGUCAAGAUCAAAAGUUGGAGAUUCAGGCAUAUGCUGACAAACUUGCUGUCAUUAAGGAGGUGCUGGCACGCAGGCACAUGAAAGUGGCCUUUUUUGGCAGGACCAGUAACGGUAAAAGCACGGUGGUCAACGCCAUGCUGAGGGACCGCGUGCUGCCCAGCGGGAUCGGCCACACCACAAACUGCUUCCUUAGUGUGGAAGGAACGGAUGAUGACAAGGCCUACCUCAAGACGGAGGGCUCGGAUGAGGAGAAGAGCAUCAAGACCGUAAACCAGCUGGCUCACGCUCUCCACAUGGACGAGAGUCUGGACGCCGGCUGUCUCGUCCGCGUGUUUUGGCCGAAGACCAAGUGUGCUCUGCUUCGAGACGACCUGGUGCUUGUGGACAGCCCAGGGACAGAUGUCACGACACAACUGGACAGCUGGAUUGACAAAUUUUGCCUGGAUGCUGAUGUCUUUGUGCUGGUGGCCAACUCUGAAUCCACACUUAUGAACACGGAAAAGCACUUUUUCCACAAAGUGAACGAACGUCUGUCGAAGCCCAACAUCUUCAUCCUCAACAACCGCUGGGAUGCCUCAGCAAACGAACCAGAGUACAUGGAGGACGUGAGGAAGCAGCACACGGACCGAUGUGUGAACUUCCUGGUGGAGGAGCUGAAGGUGGUGGACCGCGAUCAGGCACCCAACCGCAUUUUCUUUGUCUCCGCCAAAGAGGUGCUCAACUCCCGCAUGCAACGUGCACAGGGGAUGCCUGAAUCAGGUGGAGCCCUGGCUGAGGGCUUCCAUGAAAGGAUGAAGGAAUUCCAAUGCUUUGAGAGGAGGUUUGAGGAGUGUAUCUCGCAGUCAGCAGUGAAAACAAAGUUUGAGCAGCACACGAUCAGGGCCAAGCUGAUCACAGAAAAGGUCAAGAGCAUCAUGGACGCCAUCAACAUCGAGGCGGCGGAGAAGAGAGUGGCGGCUUUGGAGGAUCGAGAGUACCAGAUGGACCGGCUGGAGUUUGUCAAGAAUCAGCUGAACUUGCUGAUCGAUGAUAUAAAGAAGAAGAUCAAGGCCAUCAGUGAGGACGUGGAAUCUAAGGUUUCCUUUGCCAUGGGAGAAGAGAUCUGCCGUCUCCACGUGAUCGUUGACGAGUUCCACAGUGACUUCCACCCCUCGCCGCAUGUCCUGAAGAUCUACAAGUCUGAGCUGCUGGCUCACGUGGAGGAGGGGAUGGGCAAGAACCUGGCCUUCCGCUGCUCCGACGCCGUCCACGCUUCAGUCCAGUCGUCUCAGAGAUACAUGAUGGACAGCAUGCUGCCCCUGCUUCCCUCGGCGGCCCAGAGCCAGGUCCACAUGCUGGUGCCUAGCAGGAAGUUUGACCUGAGUUACGACUUGAACUGCGCCACAAUUUGCAGCGACUUCCAGGAAAACAUUGAGUUCCGGUUUUCGUUGGGCUGGACAGUGUUAGUGCACCGCUUCCUGGGAUCUGUCAACGCGCAGAGAGCCCUCAAACUGGUGGACCAGAACUUCCAGAGCCCCCGACCAGCGCUGCCCAUGGCAAGCACGCCCUCCUCGGGACCCCCGUCCAUCACAGCGCCGCCCAACAACGAGACAGCAGUCAUGAGCCAAGAGGACCUGAUGGUAGCCAUGGCAACUAACGUGGCAUCCCUCACCUCCCGCACUUCAAUGAGCGUCCUCGUUGUUGGAGGAGUGGUGUGGAAGACGGUUGGAUGGAGGCUGAUCGCUCUGUCGGGCUCCCUGUAUGGCUUGCUCUACCUGUACGAGAGACUCACCUGGACCACGAAGGCGAAGGAGCGAACUCUGAAGCGCCAGUUUGUGGAUUACGCGACCGACAAGCUGCAGCUCAUAGUCAGCUUUACGAGUGCAAACUGCAGCCACCAGGUCCAACAGGAGAUGGCGGCGACCUUUGCUCGUCUCUGCCAGCAGGUGGGCCAGACGCAGAAAGAGCUCGAGGCUGAAAUCCGCCAACUGACAGCCACGAUAGAUCAGCUGGAGACCGUGCAGAGCCACUCCAAGAGCCUGCGGCAUAAGGCCACAAACCUGGAGAAACAGUUGGAGGAGUUCACAAACCUGUACCUGACACCUCAGCAGUAAGCGCGCUGACCUCCCCGGCCCUCGGUUUGGUCCUUGUGGAGCCAAUCAUUCCCCAGCCUCACGGCUCCCGGCCGUCACCUCCCGCACCACGCCACAGGUUCUGUGUGGACGGUAGUGCUGGAAGGAUACGUAGAUUGAAGGAGCUCUGUAGGUGUGAAAGGUCAGACAAGAAUACCAAACGUCAGGAGCUUCUCCCGAGUGCGAAGAUUUGGUCAUUUGUAAAAUUGUAAAGUUUUAGUUUUUUGUUUUUUUUGUUAGUCUUGUUUUCAAACCAAAUAGUCAACUUGUCUUCUUUUUGACAUUUUGUAGACUAAUCAGUUAAUCAAUAAAAAUAAUUGGUAAUUUCACUCUUAAUGGAUGGAAGAGAGUGAACUCUGCAGUAUUUCCUCCCCCCUCCACUGCCAACUCUGAACUUCAGAUGCUCGAGAAACUGCAACGUGGACUCACUCUUAGAAUCUCGGUCGGCAGGAAAGCUACCGGCCGGGUGCUAUAUUUUGACACUAUUGUGCUUCUAACUGUGAAUAUGCCUUUUUUGACUAACUUUUUGUCAUGCAAAUGAAGUUUUGAGUGUCUGUAAGACUGCACAUGGAUCUUUUUUCGAGCACAUGAUCUGUUGUGUUGGCAACAGGACAUAAAUAUCUUUAAUAAGAGAACAUCUUAUCCUUAAUUAGACCUGGUAAAAGAAAUCAUUGAGGAAAAAGGGAAAGCAUGUCUUUUGCAUACUGUUGGUUCAUGUUCUAUUUUCUAAAUAUACAAACUGUAUAGAUCAAAAGCUUUGGAAAACCUCAUAUUUUAUAAUCUUUAGGCUUAAAAUUACAACAGUUCACACUGUAAAAAUGUAUUUUUUUCCUGCGUCUUGAAAUACCUCCAGAUUUGCCUGAUUGUAUUAAAUCUGUCAAAAUCUAAAAAUGACUCGACUGAAUUGUCAAUCCAAGUAAAAUCUGCAUCAGAAUCGAAUGCGAAUGCAAACUGACAGUUUGAUUAUCCGCAGCCAAUGAAUGUUGCCUCAUUUUUUUAUCAACUUCCGUUCAAACAUUCUGUCUCAAUGAAGAACUAAU